UGUCUUGCAGUGAGAGCAUGAUACUUACCAAUCAGCCGCAGAAACUGCUUUGUAAAACUUGCAUUCAUGGUAUGCCUUGUUGAAAUGUCCGAGUGUUUUGCAAUCCUUGCACUCGAUGUUUACUAGUCAUACAAAACAUAAUCUGAGGAUUACUACUAUAACUUAUUUGUGGCAGCGCGCUCAUGUGUUACUUACGGAAGGACUCAUCUUUGACUUUAUUCUUAUGGGCUUCUGCCACCGAUUUGAUUUUUUGCAAGAUUUUGGCUUUGUACAUGCUGAUUUGACAACAUCUUAUUUUUUAUUAGGAUUGACAACAACGACCGUUAUCUACGCGGUGGAAGAACGUGUCUGGGAUUAGUUUAACGCGUAGAUCAAUUCAUAUGAUCCAUAAAUAAAGUCUCGUAAACCACAA